CAUUUUUCUGAUUCAAGAAGGGUAGGGUAGGGCGCAAGGCGGCUGGCCCCCGCAAAGAGAGCUACACAAGUCGGCUACUUCCCCAGCUGAAGCGGUCAGCUAUCGAAAUCAGUUGAUGCCUUCAGAUGACAUUUAAGACUUCACCGUGUAUUUAGUUGGUUUGACGCUAAUUCUCCGUUGGUCGUCUGAAAAUCACAACCCGACAAAAUGUCAGAUCCUGUGGUGGCCGACACUCGCCGGUUGAAUUCCAAGCCCCAGGACCUGACUGAUGCUUACGGUCCCCCCAGCAAUUUCCUGGAGAUAGACGUUUAUGAUCCACAAAUCGUUGGAGUCGGACGGGGCCGUUACACAACUUACGAAGUUCGCAUGAGGACGAACCUUCCCAUUUUCAAAUUAAAGGACUCCUGUGUGAGGAGAAGAUACAGCGACUUUGAGUGGUUAAAGAAUGAGCUGGAAAGAGACAGUAAGAUUGUAGUACCACCUCUGCCGGGCAAGGCCCUGAAGAGACAGUUGCCCUUUCGCAGUGAUGAGGGUCUUUUUGACGAGUCGUUCAUUGAGGAGCGAAGAUCGGGCCUGGAGCAGUUUAUCAACAGAAUUGCAGGUCACCCCUUGGCCCAGAACGAGCGCUGUCUUCACAUGUUUCUUCAAGAGGAAACCAUUGACCGUAACUACAUUCCUGGAAAAACGGUACAGUCUGCUGCACCUGCCCCGUGUACAUUUAUUUCUACAUCACGUCAUAAAGCUGAUGUCAGACCUCAUAAGUGUCAACGAUGUAGAGAAAACACAGCUUUCUGCUCCUGGAAUGAAACUUAAGAGAUCCAAUGUAUAAAUUGUUUGAUGUUGUAUCUUCAUUCAGUCAUUCCACUUACUGUAUGUACACUAUUUUUGAUCUAAUAAUCAGUGAGGAAAACAUGCUCCAUAUAUCUUUUUAGCCAUUUUUUGUUUGUUUUUGUUUACAAUGAUUGUUUUUGGAAUGUCUUCUUUUUUUCAUUCGAUUACUUUAAAAAGAAAGUAAUUUCCUGCUCCUGUUUUCUUUUGCUAGCUGAGAUGUGAUUUUGAUGAUAACCUCCCAAAGUCGAGCAACAUGUAGCAUCAUAAAAAUGAUGGCGACUCCAGUCACUCCAGUCGCUGUUUUCUCCCCUGAGUUUGAUAUUUCUGGACAUGCUCUUACACAGGAUUGUUUCACAAUUACUUGUUGAGUUGGGCAUAUAACCAUGUCUAAGCACUGUGAUAAGAGGUUUGUUAUAUGAACAGACAUUCAUUGUUUAAAGGCAGUAACAGCAUCUGGUUUAUUGAGCUAUAAAACGAGGCUUGAUUUUUAUUUUCUUUCUUUUCUUUUCACCUGUAUUCUUCUUUCUCUCAGCAUUAUCGUGAAGUGUAUUAAUACGUUGCCAUCAUUGCAGGAACUUCAUUGUUAAUUCUGUCCACUAAUUAAAUUUCCUGCUGCCUGCUGUG